AUGGCACCAUCAGUCAUUCUCUUUCUGACAUUCAGUGAGCUGGGCCAGGCAACCGUCAGUUUAGCCGUGGCCCAUGAAUUUCUCAUUCGCUCUUACGAUGUCCAUAUCGGUUCGUUCGCUCCUUUGGAGCCCGCUGUCUCCAAGCUCAAUGUCCGUGCCGCAUACCUGUCAUCAGUAAGAAAUCGUACGACUUUCCAUCCAAUCACUGGUCCUCCUAUGGUAGAGGCCAAUACUUGGUUCGAUAUACGUACCGAUUCAUUUCACGUUCAUAAUGUCGGGUUCCGAGCAGCCCUGGACACAUACAAGCACACCCUGCCUGCAGUGGCAACCCCGUGGGAUGGCCCGCAGUAUAUGGCAAUAUAUCAGGACUGCUGUACCCUCAUCCGCACGCUCCAGCCAGCCAUUGUUGUGCUUGAUCCACUCUUCUUGCAGGCAGUUGAUGCGUGUCGCAUGCUAGAACAGCGUUAUGUGGCCCUGUCUCCUAACACCUUCAAGGAACUGACGAUACAGCCGAGGUUGGCGAGCCUGUGGAAGCAUCCAAUCAUGUGUUCCGGUUUCCCUUACCCUUUACCAUGGUACCUGAUUCUUCCAAACGCUUAUCUUGCCCUUCGGCUGAUAUUGACCCUUUUGGGCAAUCCAAGAGCCCGAGAGCUCGCGGAAUAUCGCGAUGCUCAUGGGUUGUCCAGUAUAACCUCUGCGCACAUCCCGCAACAGCUGAACAAGGACAAGACUGUAGUUCUCCUGCCGGCCAGACAAGAGACCGAAAUUCCUUGCUACUUUCCCGACAGCUUCACACUGUGCGGUCCCAUACUGCGCCCUUGUGCUCCGAUUGCCGAAGAGGAUCCAGAACUGGCUUCUUGGCUCGGACGACGACCAACAGUGCUGGUGAACCUGGGAUCACAUGUGACGUAUACAAUCGAUGUUCUGAAAGAGCUCAUGGUGGGAUUCCGCAUGCUCCUGGAUAGAAGGCCGGGUGUCCAAAUCCUAUGGAAAAUCAAGCCAAGCCCUGGUACAGUUCUCGAGGACAUCACUCUGCCCGACGAUCUGCGUACGGCCGUCGCAGAGGGACAAGUUCGGGUUGAGCCGUGGCUGGCAGUAGAGCCUAUUUGCAUUCUCACGAGUGACCAUGUAGAAUGCAUGGUUCACCAUGGGGGGUCCAAUUCGUAUCACGAAGCGAUACGGGCUGGCGUGCCACAAGUCAUCAUCCCCGUCUGGCUCGACACCUACGAUUUCGCCUUGCGCGCAGAAUGGCUAGGCAUUGGGAUUUGGGCCAGUCGCAAGACUGCGCCAGGCGUCAAUGGACCGGAAUUGGGGCAGGCGCUGAUUCGGGUGCUAAGUGUCUUCUUCCAUUGCGCCCCCGACAACGGGCAUAUCGCACUUCUGCAACCAGUCAACUCCAUUGCGACAGGAAAGGCUUCAAGAGGUAUGAGCCGCAAUAUCGCCCUGAAAGGUCCCCAGACCGCACCCAUAAUCCUCUACAACCGCACAACAUCCAGGGCCACCGCUUUCGCCGAGUCAAUUGGCUCCAACAAAGCCACCGUCGCAACCACCAUCCCCGAGGCCGUGCAACAGGCUACAAUCGCCUUCAUCUGCGUCGGCGAUGACCAAGCCCUCGACCAAAUCAUUAACACCAUCGUCUCCGACUCCUCCUUGGAUCUCACCUCUAAGCUCAUUGUCGACUGCUCCACCGUCCACCCCAACACCUCCCGCCGCAUCCACGCCACCCUCCUCGAGCGCGGCGCCACCUUUAUCGCCUGCCCCGUCUUCGGCGCCCCCAACAUGGCCGACGCAGGCCAGAUGAUCGUCGUCCCCGCUGGAAAGCAAGAAGCAAUCGACAGACUUCAGCCGUUCUUCGAGGGCGUCACGGCAAAGGCCACCCUUCCCUUGCCCGGCGACGAUGUCGGCCGUGCCUCCCAGCUCAAGAUCCUAGGCAACACUUUCAUCCUCAACACCGUGGAGACCGUCGCUGAGGGUCUCGUGCUGGCGGAGAAAUCCGGUCUCGGUGCCGACAUGUACCAGAAAUGGAUCCACACGUGGCUAGGUGGACCGUUCGCCAAGUACGCGGAUCGGAUGGUCGAAGGCGAUUACCACAAGCGUGAUGAGCCGUUGUUUGCGGUCGACUUGGCUAGAAAGGAUCUGGGUCAUGCGACUAGCAUUGCGCAGGAAGCGGGUGUGAGAUUGAGGAGUGUGGAGGUUACUGAUGCGUAUUUGCAGGAGGUGAAGAAGGAGAAGGGCGUGAAGGGUGAUGUUGCAGGUGUUUAUGGGGCGAUUCGAAAGGAGUCUGGCUUGGAGUAUGAUAAUUAA